UUAUUGUGUAAACUUCACAACGCACUUGUACAAUAAAUUAAACUUUAAACUUAAUUUUAUAGCUGUUAAAGUACCACCUUAUCUGAGAUUCGUUAAAAAUUGUAGUAAUUAGGCUCUAGAAAGAUAUCAACUGUUUAAGGCGUGUACAAAUGUUGGGUAUCCGAAAGAAAUGGACAAUAUUUCUAAGGACAAGUUUAAUAUAGAAGUUUAAAAGUUUAGAGCAAUUAGGGAUACGAAGAUAGUUCAAUAAUUUAGUAAGAAUUAAGUAAGAAAUCGUACAGAAGAAGGGAGUCCAUUAAAAUGGAGAAUGAUGUUGCCGAACCAAAUUUGGGAGGAGACAUUAUUUGGAAUUGAGACUGUUAACGAAGAACAAACACAACGAUUAUCACGAUGGUAUUAUCAUCACCUGCUGUAUAAGAUAAUACGGACUGAUAUCCUUUUCGAAAUUUAAACCUGUUGUUUGUCCAACCAACCCGGUCCUUAAUAUGGAUAGUAAGAAACAGGCACAAAAGCGACAAAAGCGUCAAUCCAAAGUACUCGAAGAAAACUUUUGGGAUUGCAGCGUUUGCACGUUUCGUAACACUGCUGAAGCCUUUAAGUGUUCCAUGUGUGAUGUCCGUAAAGGGACAUCGACUAGGAAACCUAGAUUAAAUCCUCAACUCGUAGCUCAGCAAGUUGCUCAAACAAUACCACCUCCUCCUCCUAAACCUCGCAGAGAAGAUAGCAAAGAGAGAAAGUUACACAACUUAUCUGUAAUUCAUCCUGAUGGAAAGGUUUCCAAGAAGAAAAUUCGCAAUAUACGUCCGAGACUGAAAAACAUUGAUAGAAGCCAAGUAGUUCGUCAACCUGUAACGGUGAACAACGUCACAGUAGUUAUUACCGAGUAUAUGAUGAGAUCUGUUACUAGUUCCUCGCAGAGUAAUCCCAUGAUUUCUACAGAGAUCCCAAGUUCCUCUGAUAUUAGCAAUCAGUCGGAAAUUAUUAGUGUUAAUGGUGAGGGUCCAGUGAUUCCAACGCCAGCUUCUCAACAACAAUAAUUUUCCAUGUUUUGCCCUUUAAAAUGUUGCAAAACAAAAACCAACUCUUUUUCUUCGUUUACCUCCCCCUAGCAGCCAGCCUGGCAGCGAUUAUCGCAGACUCAGUAUAAAAUAGGCCCACCCAUAAUCAGAUUAUGGGUGGGUAUACUAAUUUAUACUUUAUCACGUUUUUGCAUUUACUUAAUAACCCCCAUCACAAGUCAAGACUGCAUGACCUUCUACUACACUACUUUAUGGUUGAUGAAUAUGAAGUGUAAGAAUGCCAACUUGUAACAAAACCGAUGUCAAGAAUACCAAUAAUUAAUUUUAUUUAUAUUUUAUAAUCCACCGAUACACACAUACAUACAUAUUGCCGGAAAUGAGAAGCACAAACAUCAACAUUAAAUGUCAUAAUGUUUUCUGCUGUCAGCUAGAUAUAGUUAGUGAGAGUCAGUAGUUGGUGACUGAAUAAUUAAUUGUUAAGGGGAUAUAAGAAUGAAGAGUUUUUUAUUAAUCAGAAUUUAGAAUUUUGGAUAAUUACAGACUACCAAAAAAGAUAACGAGAACAGAUAGGCACAGUUUUUAGGCGAAAAAUUUACAUGUAUUCUCAGGUGUUGGUUUUCGUUAUUUUAAAAGCAUUGUAGAAUUUUCUAACUAGACGUGAACCGGAUUGCCACUUGUAAAUGUACUGAUUCCUGAAAAUUUUGGGUAGAUCAAAUCUGGAUCAGCAAAUUUGGAUAUAAUUUUAUCUCAAAAAUAGUGUUUCAGCAGACCUCUACAUGAAAUAAUUAGAGUCAAUUUAAUAGAGAAUAAUUAUUCCUUGAGAAUAAUUAUUUUUAGUCACCACCAGGAAAUAUGGAGGUCCUGUUGAUUUGUUUGGUUUUUCUUAUUUAUUCUUCUUGAAAUGAACUGAGGAGACAUAACAAUUCAUUAUACAAGUUUAUUUAUCGUCAAAGAAGGAAGUAAGGUAGCUUUUUUGACUGACGCUACAUGCACACACUUACUACGAAUGAUUAUUAUGGAGUCGAGUACAUAUUACGCGUGGGUUUUUAUGAUCUCAUUUUUAUUUGUCCAAAAUUCGCCUUAUAGAGUGCAUAAUGAUGCUACUGCUGCUGAUAAUAAUAAUAAUUUGUCGUCUUUGUAGUCGUCGUUCUUGUUGAAAUGAUUCAGGGAUUAAUUAAUUAUUCUUUUAUUACACUCUUUAUUUUCGUUUAUAUAUAGCUUUAGUUUGUCAUUUUAGUAUAAGAAUAAUCACAACGGCGUAAUUUAUUUAGUUGAUUUUAAAUAAAUAAUUGUUAUUUAUAUGCAUACUUACGGAUUGUCUAUCAUGAGAUGACAAUAUAAACGUCAUUCAAUAAUUAUUAUUUAGUCCUAUUAGCUUAAUUAUAAUAAGUAAUAUUUAUAAUGAAUGUAAUUUAAGCGUCUGUGUGUCUCAUGAUUCAAAUUUCUAUACUGCUACUAUUUACUACAGAAAUUGGUAAUUGUUGUAUCAUUCACGAUGCCAUCAAAGUAUUAUUAUUUAAAAGUGUCACACAUUUUGGAUUCGAAAAAGACGACGAGAUAUUUCUAAUAAAAUGUAAUCGAACUUAUGAAAUGAAAAAA